UUCCCAAAAAGUGCGCAUUGGUUAAGCAUCUACAAAUACAGAUACUUUUAAAAUAUGCGUUUUGCGGUUUCUUUUUGUCUUCUUUGUGUCAUAGCAAUAGCAUCAAGCGUAGCCGAACUUUUUGACGCCAAAAUAAAUGCAUCAGAUCAGUUGUUUCCGGACGAUUUUCUUUUUGGUGCCUCAACGGCAGCAUAUCAAAUCGAAGGAGCAUGGAAUAUGGAUGGCAAAGGACCAUCAAUAUGGGACGAAUUCACUCAUUUUCACCCGGAAAAAAUUGUUGAUCACCAGAAUGCGGAUGUUAGCACCAAUUCCUAUGAGUAUUUUUUGGAUGACAUUAAAGCAGUAAAAAAUCUAAGUAUGAAUUUUUACCGUUUUUCAAUUUCGUGGUCUCGUAUCUUGCCUACUGGGGAUAUCGCCGAAGUAAACGAGAAGGGAAUUCAAUACUACAAUAUAUUAAUAGAUACACUCAUUGAAUACAAGCUGCAACCAAUGGUAACGCUCUAUCAUUAUGAUCUGCCUCAGUAUUUACAAUCAUUUGGUGGGCUAACAAACUCGAUUAUUAUAAGCUAUUUUGAAGCAUAUUCCAACUUAUUAUUCGAUCGUUUUGGAGAUAGAGUCAAAUAUUGGAUUACUUUUAAUGAACCAUCCGAUUUUUGUACAGCCGGUUAUGGGGGAUCAUACCACGCACCAGCUUUGAAUGCACACGGAAUAGGUAAAAAAUCGUAUGUUAUUUAUUUGUGGGAAAUCUAUAUGGUGUGGGAGAUUAAUCGACGAAUUUCAACCUCAUACAACUUAUACAUUAUACAAUAA